AAGCAGAAAGCAGAGAGUCGCUUUCGAGCUUCAGAGUGUCAAAGUCUCAAAAUUUUCCUUUAACGUGAGAACGCGUUGAUAAAAAAAAUCAUUCACACAGAGAAAUAGCCUAACUAUGACUCCUCCUCUUCUUCUUCUUCUUCUUCUUCGCCGCCGGCCCACCACCUAUUCCAACAAAGCUCCUUCUCCUAUUACUCCUUCUGUUAAUUCUCUACGUUUCUUUCACAAGAUUCUCCUUUAUUUUCCACCAUAUGCCAUAAUUUUUCAUAUUCUUCUUUCCCUCUGCUCUUCCAAUUUUAAGGGUAUCCAUGGUGAAGGCUAACAUGUAAUUUACUCAUCUAGAGGCACUAUCAAUUGAUUAGAAUAUUUGUCCCGCAAAAAGCAAAUUGACAUGAGUUGUUGCUUUUUUGGUGCCCGGAAAAAAGGUGAUGAUCUUGUUCAUCAUGAUACAAGAGAUACAGGAGGCCGCGCCGUUGCAAGCACAAAGAAUUUUUCAUUUAGUGAAUUAAGAAUAGCAACCAACAACUUCCAUCAAACUAAUAAAAUAGGGCGAGGCGGUUUUGGCACAGUAUACAAGGGAACUCUAAAAAAUGGAAAAGAAAUCGCUGUGAAGACACUUGCAGCGGAAUCAAAGCAGGGUUUGCGGGAGUUUUUGACUGAAAUUGAGACCAUAUCAAAUGUCAGACAUCCAAAUCUAGUUGAGAUAAUUGGAUGUUGUGUUGACGGAAAUAACCGGAUUUUGGUCUAUGAAUAUUUAGUAAAUAGAAGCCUUGACCAAGCAGUGUUUGGUUCCAGGAUUAAUAUUAAGUUGGAAUGGGACAAAAGGGCUGCUAUUUGCUUGGGUACCGCUCAAGGUCUUGCAUAUCUACAUGAAGAACUAGUGCCACAUAUAGUGCACAGGGACAUAAAAGCUAGUAAUAUUCUACUUGACAAGGAUUAUACACCAAAAAUUGGAGAUUUUGGGCUUGCCAAGCUUUUCCCAGAUAAUAUCACCCAUAUCAGCACGAAAAUAGCAGGAACAACUGGCUAUCUGGCACCCGAAUAUGUAUUAGGCGGACAAUUAACGUUGAAGGCUGAUGUUUACAGUUUUGGGGUCCUAAUACUGGAAACAGUUAGUGGCAGGAGCAGCAGCAGUAGUAUUUGGCAAGGGGAUAAGAAGUCACUUCUCGGAUGGGCCUGGCAGCUCUAUGAAGACAGAAAGCUAUUGGAGCUGGUAGAUGCAGAAUUGGAUGAUUUCCCCGAAAAAGAAGUCGUCAGGUACAUCAAGGUAGCUCUGUUUUGCACCCAAGCAAAUGCAAACAGAAGACCGAUGAUGAGCCAGGUUAUUGAGAUGCUUUCAAGAAAUAUCCAGCUAAAUGAGAAAGAACUUACACCACCUGGUUUCUUCCAAGAUUCUGAUGCAAGCAUGCGUUCAAAAUUGAAGUCGUCUGAAUGCAGUACUAGUCAACAAAGUUCUGUACCCUUCACAAUCACUCAGGUGAUCCCUAGAUAAUCAUCAUUGGUGACUGGCACUUGAGCAUCAUUCUUCCUGGGAGAUUGCUUGUGGCUUUGUUUGAGAUUUCUAAAAUUAAAUUUGCAAAAUCAGUUUUUUUUUUUUUUUUAAUUUCUGGAAAAAGUGUUUCUAAGAGUAAAUUAACUUUUUGUUUAAAGGUUUCUUAACUGAGUUUUUAAAUUCUUUCAAAAGUUUUUGGAGUUUUUGAAAAAAUUGAAAUUCUGAGUUUUUUUUAUUUAUCGGACACUUUUUCAAAAAAAAUACUCAAAAACUGAGUUUGCUAGCUCAAUUUUUUAGAAAAUUUCAAACAAAUGCCACCUAACUUUUCAGAAGAUUGAAAUUACAAAAUUAGUGAUAUAGCUUCACAUUGUCAAAGCUCCUUGGCUAAAUUCCAGCAACUUAUUUUUGCUCCACUGCUGUUUUGUGCCGCUAGUUCUUUUGUUUCCUUUUUUGACCUUUUUGUUUUCUUUCAUCCUCUUUUUCCUCCUCUCCUCCCUCUCUCUCUCUAUAUAUGUACGUGGUUAUCGACAUUAUUGAUUCCUAGCGGUUAUUAAUCUUCUUAUACAUUCAAAGCUAUUUUUUUGAUAAAUGAAAGUGUGUACUAAAGGUAAGUUAUUUCGUC